CAGACGUACACAGGGGGUUUGAGCAUCCUGCGACGGCCGGUGGAGGUCUGGCCAUGAAUUUGGGAGAUGGUUUAAAGCUUGAAACAGAAUUAUUGGAUGGAAAAACUAAGCUAAUUUUGUCCCCAAAUGACCGUAAAUCAAAAAUUUCUGUGAAGAUGGGAAAUAAGACCAAGCUUGCAAAAUGUCAUCUAAGUACAAAUCAGACUGGACACAUCCUAAAAACAACACAAAAUACUUGUGUUAAGAGUGAAAAGCUUUUGCAAAAGAAGAAAAUUGGUUCUGAAACUUCACUAACAAAAAGUGAAAAAAACAAAAUGACUUUUUCACCCAGUAAGGACGCAUGCCGGCAGUCUGCAGAUGAUAACUGUCUUCACAUCCCCAAAGGGACUUCGCCUGCAUCGCCUACUACACCGAAGACCAGAAGCAGCGCACGUGCGUCUGCAGUGGCCACACAGCAGCCUGGCAGAAACCACGUCACAGCUGCCAAUAUGAAGAGCAGUUCAGCGUGUCUAACACAAGACCAACUGCAACAGAUUUUGAUGACUGUCAACCAGGGAAACAGAGCUGUUUCUUUGACCGAGGAGGAAAAGAAGGAAACAAGUCAGUACAGUCUACAUUUCAACAAUAUUCCUAAUCAGCCAAAGGAAGAGAACAUUAUGGGAAUUCUCCACAAAACCGAGGCUGUUUCAGCUGUCCUGGAUGAAAAUAAAUCUGUGUUACAUGAAAAACAGGAGACAUCUAAGCAGCUGGAGCAGAAAACUGUUGUGGAGACGGUGUGGAAACCAGCUGAUAUAUUUAGUACUCUUGGGGAAAGAGACCAUGAUAGAAGUUUGUUGGAAGCAAAAAAAGCCCAAUGGAGGAAGGCGCUGGGGACAUUAUUUACAGAUGAACAGGUUGCUUUAAAGAAGAAGGAAAAGGAAGCUUCUGGAAAAUGGAAUGAUCCUUGGAAAAAAUCUGAAAAUGAUAAAAUAAUUUUGGAAAAACUUAAACUUCUUGACCAAGCUCAGAUAUCUGCUAGCUCUUCAAGCAUCCUCUCCCAGUGUCCCAGUCAACUGGGUACAGUCCAGGCUGAUGGAUACUCAGUGACUAGAGAUAGUCCAAUUUUGGAGGAAGCUGUGCCCCUGGCGCUCCCGCUCAGUGCUGUGAAACAGGAACAACAGCGAAAGUGGAUUGAAGAGUUGAAUAAGCAAAUAGAAGAGGACCGGCAAAGAAAAACAGAGGAAAAAAUGAUCUAUUCAAAGGGUGAAGAGCAUGAUAGAUGGGCAAUGCAUUUUGAUUCCUUAAAGAGCUACCCUUGCUCUCAGUCUCAGCUGUCCUCUCAGUCAGCCCACAAGCAGCCAGAGUACUUCUGCGUCUCUCCUGAUGCCCAGGAGCUAGCUGACAUCAGCAGUGUUCACACCCCCACAAACGGAAGCCAGGUGGCAACUUCAGAGGAAGAGCAUGUAGCAAAACCAGCUUGGGAUGUGGCCAUGACAAACAGUCAGAAAACAAACUUUCUGCGCUCUAUGACUGCUCUCUUGGACCCAGCUCAGAUGGAGGAACGAGAGAGACGGCGACAAAAACAAUUAGAACAUCAGAAGGCCAUCACUGCUCAGGUAGAAGAGAGGCGCAGGAAGAAGCAGCUAGAAGAAGAGCAAAGAAAGAAAGAAGAACAAGAAGCGGAGCGUCGCUUAGCUCGGGAACGAGAGGAGAUACAGAAGCAAUAUGAAGAAGAUACCCUUAAGCAAAAACAGAAGGAAGAAAUCAUGACUCUCAAGACAAAUGAACUAUUCCAGACCAUGCAGCGAGCACAAGAACUGGCACAGAGACGGAAACAGGAACAGAGAAUUCGAGAAUUGGCUCAAAAAGGACAUGACACUUCCAGAUUACUGAAAAAUCUUGGUGUUGAUACAGUACAAAUGGAAUAUAAUGCAUCUACUCAUAACAUUUCAAGUUCAAGACAUAAUCAUGAUGAAGCCAGUGGUAAAAUGAAUACAUAUAUCAAUUCUACAACUUCUCCCAAGAAGGAUACUGGUGUACAAACAGAUGAUACUAAUACAGGAAUUCUCCAUACAGAAUCACACUGUGGAUCAGUGAUUGAAAAGAUUAUAGAUUGUCCAUCUCCUGAAAUUCCUACAGAAUUUAAUGUAGCAUUUAACACUAAGAAAAACAAUCAAGUUAAAGACGCCCACAUAGAAAAAGAAAACAGUUGGCAUAGUGAACACUGUAAUCAGUUCACACGAACAGAGAAACAAAUGAAACACAUGAAGAAAUGUCAUAAAAGACCUGAUUGGAAUAUAAAUAAGCCACUGAAAAGAUAUAUUACAGCAUCAGAAAGGUACCCAAAACUGCUUCAAAAGCAGAGAGAAGAAAAAAAAGUAAGGCGGCAGAUGGAACUGCUUCACUUGGUAGAAAGAAAUCACCCUGGACACCUCAUCAGAAAUGGAGGAGCUUCACCAGCUCUUCAUGCGGCUCAUCCAGAGUUGGGAUUCAAGUGGCAUCCAGUGAAAAAGGAAGAAGAGCCUCAAAACAUUAAUUCUUUCAGCAAGGAAAGGCUUCAAUCACUACCAAUCCCAGGAGUGAAAAGCAGAACCCAACAAACUCAGUCAAAUACAUUAUGCACAUCAGUUAAAAAUUGUUAUGAAAGCGAGCCUCUGAUUGCAGGAGCUAGUCAAACAGAGUCACCAUUUGGGAUUUCUGAAGGAGCCCAUUUCAUUCCCUAUGUCCGAUCCAAUGAGAUCUAUUACCUGGAUCCUGAUGCACCGCUCUCUAGGCCUUUGACCCAGGACCUUCAACACCAAAGCCAGCAUGACUCUGCUCAAGAACAACAGCAGCUCCUUGAAUCUGACCAUGUCAGGGACCCACUUCUUAAUCCUAAUUUGGUGAAAAAUAGAGAUCGACAGCAAGCAAUCCUUAAGGGACUGUCUGAACUGAGACAGGGGCUUCUUCAGAAGCAGAAGGAAUUAGAAACUAAUCUCAUGCCUUUAGCUGCCAAUCAAGAAGAUAAUUUUGGUUCUUCAUUUUAAAUAUAGAACACCAAAUCUUUAACCUUUGCUUAUUUUUUAAAAACAUGCACAUUAUGUAGUAAAUAUGCUGUCUUUUUUAAUAAAGCAGACACUUUUGUAAAA